CCGCCGCCGCCGCCGCCGCCGCCGCCGGGAUCGUCAGGCCGGAGCCGCGCGGCCGAGCGGGCGGCGGGCGGAGGGGAGGGCUCGGCUGCGGGGAGGCUCGCGGCGCCCGGGCCGGCGGGGUCCGCCCGGGCCGGCAGCGUCCGCCCGGCGGCGGGAGGAGGGAGCGGCGCAGACAAAGAGCGGCGCCUGGGCGGGCGCAGCGCGGCCGCCGCCCCGGGACCCGCGCCGCUGCCCUCCGGCUCCGCGGGCGGCCCACGGCGAGAUUUCAUGUGUUCCUUGUAUACAAGCGACGUCCCAAAUUAUAAUUCUCUGCUGAGGUUUGAGAAUUUGGAGAAUCCCUGCAGCUUUGUAACUUCAGAGGUGUAAUUAGCUGAAAACGUCGUCAUUUUGAAGAGUUCUGCGUUUUGCCAGUCACCUCUCAACUGUGUGCCAAAGAAAGACUCCAUGAAAAUGACAGAAGAAGUUAUUGUGAUAGCCAAGUGGGACUACACCGCCCAGCAGGACCAGGAGCUGGACAUCAAGAAGAACGAGCGGCUGUGGUUGCUGGACGACUCCAAGACGUGGUGGCGAGUGAGGAAUGCGGCCAACAGGACGGGCUAUGUGCCGUCCAACUACGUGGAGCGGAAGAACAGCCUGAAGAAGGGCUCCCUGGUGAAGAACCUGAAGGACACACUAGGCCUUGGCAAGACGCGCAGGAAGACCAGCGCGCGGGACGCGUCCCCCACGCCCAGCACGGAUGCUGAGUACCCCGCCAAUGGCAGCAGCGCCGACCGCAUCUACGACCUCAACAUCCCGGCCUUCGUCAAGUUCGCCUAUGUUGCCGAGCGGGAAGAUGAGCUGUCCCUGGUGAAGGGGUCGCGUGUCACCGUCAUGGAGAAGUGCAGCGACGGUUGGUGGCGGGGCAGCUACAACGGGCAGAUCGGCUGGUUCCCCUCCAACUACGUCCUGGAGGAGGUGGACGAGGCAGCUGCGGAGUCCCCGAGCUUCCUGAGCCUGCGCAAGGGCGCCUCGCUGAGCAAUGGCCAGGGCUCCCGCGUGCUGCACGUGGUCCAGACGCUGUACCCCUUCAGCUCAGUCACCGAGGAGGAGCUCAACUUCGAGAAGGGGGAGACCAUGGAGGUGAUCGAGAAGCCCGAGAACGACCCCGAGUGGUGGAAAUGCAAAAAUGCCCGGGGCCAGGUGGGCCUCGUCCCCAAAAACUACGUGGUGGUCCUCAGUGACGGGCCUGCUCUGCACCCUGCGCACGCCCCACAGAUAAGCUACACCGGGCCCUCGUCCAGCGGGCGCUUCGCGGGCAGAGAGUGGUACUACGGGAACGUGACGCGGCACCAGGCCGAGUGCGCCCUCAACGAGCGGGGCGUGGAGGGCGACUUCCUCAUUAGGGACAGCGAGUCCUCGCCCAGCGACUUCUCCGUGUCCCUUAAAGCGUCAGGGAAGAACAAACACUUCAAGGUGCAGCUCGUGGACAAUGUCUACUGCAUUGGGCAGCGGCGCUUCCACACCAUGGACGAGCUGGUGGAACACUACAAAAAGGCGCCCAUCUUCACCAGCGAGCACGGGGAGAAGCUCUACCUCGUCAGGGCUCUGCAGUGACGGCGCCCCGGCCCCACACUCGCCUCCCGGGCCCCACGGUGGAGCUGCCCGUCCGGCCCUGUGGCAGAGGCUCCUCCCGUGGGGACGGCCCCGACGGCUUCUCCUUGAGUCUCUCUUUAUGUUCAGGUCGCUUGGUCGGUUUGUCUCCCAUUCGCCAUCCAGGCCUAACACCCACACUCGAACCCACCCGGCCGGCCAGCUUUAGAGGAGGGGAGGAGAGGGGCGAGUUCCCAUUAUUCCUUUUCCAUCGGAAACGGCGCUCGUGCAUUCAACUCGUUCCCGCUCAUGGAACCCCUCUUUAAAAAGACGCAGGGCACCUGUGAGCGCAGGAGCGAGCCUCAGGCCACCCAGCGGCAGCUCCCGCGUCCUGGGCACUCUGCGUGCUGGGCAGAGCAGGUGGGCCCCAGUCCUAGCAGCCCUCGCCCGUGUCCUGUGCCCUUACAUGGCUCCCGGACUCUGCAGGGAGCCGACACGUUUGCUGAUAGCAAUACUGGAACCACCAGGUGCGAUGGCAGUAAGGAGACUGCCCAGUGCCUUUGGGGGCUGUGCUUGCAAUAAAGAAUUUCCUGGAAAGGCAGUCUGCAAAAGAGGGAACCGGUGACGCAGAAAGACAGAUGUUUUGGUAAUUUACCCCAAAUGUGCCAUCCACAUAGUGCUUUUUCCUCUUGCCCUUCGGCUUGUUUGAAUCUCACAAUUAUGUAUUUAAUUCUCAAAGAAAUAUGUAUCUGUAGCCGUUUGUUGACACUAAUACAGAUGAUUAAGGAAAACAGCUGGUCUUUGGGGAAGGGAGCUACCAACACUUUAUACACACACACACGUGCGCGCGCACACACACACACACACACACUAUAUAUAUAUAUUAUUUACAGGGAAAUUUUUCAGGGUUUACAAAAGAGUAUGUGAUUGGUAGUAAGAGACACAGAAUGUUUAUGAAGAAAUUGCAUUUUCUUUUUCCUUUACAUUUGAACUUCUUUAUAGUUUAAAUAUACCGUCUUGAGAUGGCACAUUCCUACGAUUGAAGAAGGGGUCUUGAGAUCCCCUAAACUUGCAUACCCAGUUUUUUGGAUAUUGUAAUAAAAAAAAAAAGUAUUAUGACAA